CUUUAUAAUCAAGAAGAUUUUUUUAAAAAUUUUUUUGCAGUGUUGCAUUUAUUAAAAAAUUAUUUGAAUACUUAAAUAGUGUUUAUAAGCUGCAUUUAAAGAGAAAAUGGCUGUGAGAUGGAAAGUUCCAUGAUACACAAUAGCAGUCGAUACUUAUGUACAUUGUGCCCCUUUUCUUCAGAUGUACUAUCAGAUGUUCAGAAGCAUAAUAGAAAAUGUCAUUCAGUUCUUCAUAGAGAAAAUUCAGCAAAGGUAAUUCCACGUUCAAAGUUACGUAACAGAGUAAAUGCCUCCAUCAGUCCAAGUUCUUCAAGAGUGCUUAGACGUCCAAGUUCUUCAAGAGUGCUUAGACGUCCAAGUUCUUCAAGAGUGCUUAGACGUCCAAGUUCUUCAAGAGUGCUUAGACGUCCAAGUUCUUCAAGAGUGCUUAGACGUCCAAGUUCUUCAACAGUGCUUAGACGUCCAAGGGUGUCUAAGGCGUCUACUUCAGGCAAGAAGCCAUUACGGUGUGCUUGUAAAACUGAAGUUGAAGAGUCUCAGAGUUCAACAGUUCGCAUAAAAGAACAAUACCAAUGUCGAAAUUGUGAUGGAACAUUUUUUUCAGAAGCUGAAUUAAUUAGACAUAUAAAUGAUGUCCAUUUGAUAAAUUCUGAGCAAGCAAUGUGUGACUUAUGUUUUGAAGUGUUUCCUACCUUAAAUACAAUGACAUACCACCGAAGGUUACAUAUGCUGUCACAGUCAUUUACAUGUCCUUUUUGUCAAAAAAUAUUUUAUGAUGUUAUAGCAUUUCGUAAUCAUGAAACUCUUCAUGAAGAGAAUAAUCGUAUAAAGAAAUAAUUAAUACUUUUUCUGUGAAGUUUGCACUUUCGAUAUUUUGUGUAAAAUGUAAUGUGUAUCUUUAAGACUCUGCUAUGAGUGUAAAAUGUAAUGUGUAUCUUUAAAACUCUGCUAUGAGUGUAAAAUGUAAUGUGUAUCUUUGACUCUGCUAUGAGUGUAAAAUGUAAUGUGUAUCUUUAAGACUCUGCUAUGAGUGAUCUUUUAAAAAUUUUGAUUCUUGUGCUUUGAUUAUACUAUGUAUUUAUAAUGGAUUAUAUUAUAUAUUUACUAUCCAUUUUUAGAAAUAAUGUUGUUACUCUUAAAAUCUACAUAUUACUGCUAUGCACGAUUAAAGUAAUCACAUCUCACAUUUGUAGAAUGUUCUUUACUUGUUUAUUAAAAAACAGGAUCAUCAAAUUGUGGCCCAUAAUGUAAUUUCUUUGUGAAAAAAAGCUAAUUUUGUAUUUUUUUAUUAUGAUUUAUUGCAAAACUGCAUUAAUUAGAAUUUUUCUUAUUUUUUUCUUUGUUGUUAUUAUUAUAUUCUUAAAUAAAGGCUGGAUAAUUUAAAGAGAAAAAGAGAACUAAAAUAGAAAAAAAUGUAUAAUGUUUUAGAUUUUAUAAAAAAUAUUAAAAAUGUGACAUAUUAUCUAAAUAAUUUUUCAUACUCAUUAAAUUAUUUAAGCUUUAGUUUUCAGAGUUAUUUAUUUUUAGUGUUAUUAUUUAUAAAUUACUCAUUCAUGAUUGAUACUGUAAUGUUUUUUAAAUGCUAUGAUGUGUUCCAAUUAUCUUUUAAAAACCAUGCUGUUAGUGAUGUUGUAUGUCGAGGAAUUCAUUGUGUAAUUUUAUGUGACUAAAUGAAUACAAUUAGUGUAGGUUAGGUAUUUUUAAACAUUUCUGUUGAUUUUUAUAUUCUGUUAUAUAAUUACUGUUGUCAUUGUAAAUUGAGAAUUUUUGUUUUCUUUCAUUUUUUUUCUGUAAAUAUACUUCAUGAAUAAAUUCUUUUUUGUGUCUUAA